UACCGUGUUAUUCCGGUUAUUCCUCGAGGAUUCCACCCACCCACACGCACGGACGGACAGAUCGGGACCAAAAAAUGCCCUGGUGAAGCGGAAGUGCGCACCCCCGACUCGGGCUUCAAUGUGAUUCAAGAAGAGGCAGCUGAGAAUUUUCAAAACAUGGCCAAACGCUCGCAGUUUAGCAACAUCGACGAGUACGGGUUUGAGAGGGCGGAUGACUUUGACUACGAGACGUAUGAGGACUUCAUGUCCAGCUACCUCAGGGUGUUGGCCAAACGCUCCAAGAAGUGGACAGAGCUGAUGGCCCGCAAAAGUGCGGUCAGGAGGAGUUUAACCACCAAGCGUUACAUUCGCAAGGGAAUUCCCAAAGAACAUCGUGGACUGGUGUGGAUGGCCGUGAGUGGGGCCGAGAAGGCACGUCAGGCGCAACCGAACCUCUAUCUCGAGAGGCUGAGGAGUGCGUCGGACGUGCAUGAGGACAUCCUGUCCUGCAUCCGGACAGACUUGCCCCGCACUUUUCCAGACAACGUCCACUACAAGGCCACGGCCCUUGCGUACAGCCAAACCGGACAGUUGCAGCUGCAGGAUCGGACGCAGCCGCGCCAAUUGUACAAUGUGCUGGUGGCAUUUGCCAGCGAUAACCAUGACAUAGGCUAUUGCCAGGGAAUGAAUUACAUUGCCGGCCUAUUACUAAUUGCUACGGGGGAAGAGGAAACCGCCUUUUGGCUCCUCAAGACCCUGAUUGACCGUUCCUUGCCUGGAUACUAUAACAAAAGAAUGACAGGCAUCAUCAGGGAUAUCGACGUCCUGGGAGAACUAGUCAGACUAAAAUUCCCUGAAGUGCAUCGCCACGUUGAGUCGCUGAACCUGUCUUGGGCUGUGAUAACGACCAAGUGGUUUGUUUGCCUCUUUGCAGAAGUUCUUCCCGUCGAAACGGUUUUCCGCGUGUGGGACUGUCUGUUCUACGAAGGCGCUAAGAUUUUGUUCCGCGUUGCGCUUACGCUUGUUGGAAUGCACAUAGACGCGCUUUUGCGUUGCGAAGACCUUGCUGCCCUUAUUACCUGCUUCAAAGCAGUCACACAAGACGCCCUGGUCACAGAUUGCCACGCCUUUCUUCAGAGCAUUUUCAAAGUGCCCGGCUCGUUAAAAAACACAACCAUCUCCCGAUUGCGUAGCGAGUGCGCUGAGAGGAACAAGAAACCACAAAAGUAAAGCAUUUUUUGCAUUGCCACAGAACUUCUUUCCUUGCAGGAACAACGUCUCUGGCUGUGAAGUCUUAAUUUGAAUCCUUAUGAAAUCUUAUUAUUUUUCUCAUUGUUUUGUCCAAAGAACAAACGUCCGCUUUUUAAGGUCUGCACUUUACUAGUUUUGAAUCAUCGACUCUCAUCACAAUCAAAUAUAUUUAUCUAUAUAAACAAAUAAAAAUG